AGGGGGGAGGAGAGCGGCAGCAGCAGGAGGAGGCAUCCCCUGCCCAUGAGGGCCUGAUGGAAAACACAAAGGACCUGACUGAACAUUCUUCACGGUCAGAAAGGAAGAGACGUGACUCGUUCGGGAUGUUUGAUGGUUAUGAUAGCUGCAGUGAGGAUACCAGUAGUAGUUCCAGCUCUGAUGAGAGUGAAGAGGAAGUUGCUCCUUUACCUUCCAGUCUGCCAAUUAUCAAGAACAAUGGACAAGUCUACACAUAUCCCGAUGGCAAAUCUGGCAUGGCUACCUGUGAGAUGUGUGGGAUGGUUGGUGUCAGAGAUGCCUUUUAUUCUAAAACCAAGCGUUUUUGCAGUGUUUCCUGCUCAAGAAGUUACUCAUCGAACUCUAAGAAGGCCAGCAUUCUGGCCAGACUUCAGGUAACGGGAAAACCUCCAACUAAGAAGGCUAAAGUGCUACAGAAACAACCUUUAGUUGCUAAAUUAGCUGCAUAUGCUCAAUACCAAGCAACAGUACAGAAUCAGUCAAAGACUAAAACAGCAUCUGUUCCAGUGGAAGGUUUCAGCUGGGGCAACUACAUCAAUAGCAAUAGUUUCACAGCCGCUCCUGUUAACUGUUUUAAACAUGCACCCAUGGGGACUUGUUGGGGUGACAUUUCAGAAGGUGUGCGUGUAGAAGUCCCUAACACAGACUGCAAUUUACCUACCAAAGUCUUCUGGAUUGCUGGGAUUGUAAAAUUAGCAGGUUACAAUGCUUUACUAAGAUACGAAGGCUUCGAAAAUGAUUCAAGUCUUGAUUUCUGGUGCAACGUUUGUGUUCCUGAUAUCCACCCAGUUGGUUGGUGCGCAACCAGCGGGAAACCUCUAGUACCGCCUCGAACCAUUCAUCACAAAUACACAAACUGGAAAGCUUUUCUAGUGAAACGACUCACUGGUGCCAAAACUCUUCCUCCUGACUUCUCUCAGAAGGUAUCAGAAAGCAUGCAGUAUCCUUUCAAACCUUCAAUGAGAGUGGAAGUUGUUGACAAAACACAUCUCUGCCGAACACGGGUAGCAGUUGUAGACAACGUAAUUGGAGGCAGAUUAAGAUUAGUAUAUGAAGAAAGUGAAGACAAAACAGAUGAUUUCUGGUGCCAUAUGUACAGCCCUCUCAUCCAUCCCAUUGGUUGGUCUCGAAGUAUAGGACAUCGGUUCAAAAGAUCUGAUAUUGCCAAGAAACAGGAUUCUCACUUUGAUGCACCCCCACAUUUAUUUGCUAAGGUAAAAGAAGUUGAAUCGAGUGGAGAAUGGUUCAAGGAGGGAAUGAAAUUGGAAGCCAUAGAUCCAUUAAACCUUUCUGCAAUAUGUGUGGCAACAAUUAGAAAGGUAUUAGCAGAUGGAUAUCUUAUGAUUGGAAUUGAUGGCUCUGAGGCAGCAGAUGGGUCUGACUGGUUUUGUUACCAUGCCACUUCCCCUUCUAUAUUCCCAGUUGGUUUCUGUGAAAUUAACAUGAUAGAACUAACUCCACCCCGAGGUUAUGCAAAACUACCUUUCAAAUGGUUUGACUACCUCAGGGAAAUGGGUUCAGUAGCAGCUCCUGUGAAGUUCUUCAACAAGGAAGUUCCAAACCAUGGGUUUCAUGUGGCAAUGAAACUGGAGGCAGUAGAUCUAAUGGAACCUCGUCUAGUAUGUGUGGCCACAAUAACUCGCAUUAUCCAUCGUCUGUUGAGGAUACAUUUUGAUGGCUGGGAAGAUGAAUAUGAUCAGUGGGUGGAUUGUGAAUCUGCUGACCUCUAUCCUGUAGGAUGGUGUCAGCUAACUGGAUACCAACUACAACCUCCUGCAUCGCAAUCAUCAAGAGAUAGCCAAUCAAGUUCAUCGAAGCAGAAGAAAAAGUCAAAGUCACAACAGUACAAAGGACACAAAAAAAUAUCUUCACUGCAGCUGAAGGAGGAGUUACUAGAUGGAGAAGAAUACAACUUUCUUCAAGGAGCAUCUGAUCAGGAAAGCAAUGGGUCUGCCAGCCACUACAUCAAACAGGAACCCUAAGGGCGGGCUUGGAAGCCUGC